UCCGAGUCGAUGAGGUGUGUGCUCAAAUGUGAAACAGUCAAGUUGAGGCUGUUGCUGACACAAGUCUGAAUGACAUAUCUGUUUACUGAGUUCAGAGAGCAAUAUAUUCUAUCAAAUGAAACGAAUAUACCAUUGACCUUCGCUUAGGAACAAGUAUUUGAAGACGUCCGUUUCUUCACAAUCAUGCUGAAGCAGUUUAACAUCUUAAAGCAGUUUGGAAAUGGGGGGAAGUCACAAGAUGCAACUGACCUUCUCACAGAGGAUCUGGUUUUGGUGGAACAACGUGUGGAGCCAGCCAAGAAAGCUGCCCAGAUCAUUCACAAGAAGUUGGUAGGCUGCCUGCAGAGUCAGCAGGGACUGGACUCAGAGAGACGGAUGAAAAAGUUACCCCUCAUGAUGCUGUCCGUCAGUAUGGCUGAGAGCUUUAAAGAUUUUGAUGGUGAAUCUUCUAUGAGAAAAGUUCUGGAAAUGUGCUGCUUCAUGGAAAAUUUCCUGGCUCGGACUCUGGCUGACUUUGAGAUGAAGUUGGAGAAAGAAGUUCUUGUGCCUCUGAAUAAGCUCAGUGAGGAGGACCUGCCAGAGAUCUUGAAAAACAAAAAACAGUUUGCUAAACUUACAACAGACUGGAAUAACGCUCGCGUCAGAUCUCAGAGCAGCACAGGCCCCCAGGCUAAGCAGGACGGUCUGAGAGAGGAUCUAGAGGAGGCCUGGAAGAGACUGGAGUCUAUCAAGGAUCAGUACUCUGCAGACCUCUAUCAUUUUGCCACUAAAGAGGAUGAGUACGCCAGCUACUUCAUUCGUCUUCUAGAUCUGCAAGCUGAAUAUCACAAGGCCUCCCAUGAAUUCCUGGAGAGAAACAUAACAGAGCUGAAAGAGAGUCACAGCAACACCGAGACCCAAGUGAGAUCGUCAGAAAAGAAGGUUUUCGGAGAGCCUCUGCUGUCUCACCUUCAGACUUGUGGGAAAAAGAUUGCUUUGCCUAUUGAGGAGUGUGUGAGCAUGCUGCUUCGUACAGGACUCAGAGAAGAGGGGUUGUUCAGACUAGCAGCUGCUGCAUCUGUUAUGAAAAAACUGAAAAGCUGUCUGGAUUCAGGGACAGUCGACCAAAAUGAGUUCAGCUCUGACCCACAUGCUGUGGCAGGGGCUCUUAAGUGUUACUUGAGAGAAUUGCCUGAACCGCUCUUGACAUUUGAACUAUACAAUGACUGGAUGACAGCUGCAGGAGAAAAAGAAACGGAUGAAAAAUUAAAGCAGCUACGGACAGUGUUGCAAAAACUUCCCAAAGAAAACUACAAUAACCUAAGAUACCUUGUCCAGUUUUUGUCACACUUGUCAGAGCAGCGAGCAGUGAAUAAGAUGACACCCAGCAACAUUGCUAUAGUGCUUGGGCCUAAUCUACUGUGGCCUCUCUGUGAGGGAGAGACAUCAUUGCUGGACAUGGCAUCUGCUUCCUCGGUGCAAGUUGUGACUAUCAUAGAGCCUCUCAUACAGUAUUCCCAGGACCUCUUUCCCGAAGAGGCUGAUUUCGAGAUCCCAGAACUGGCUGAAAGCCCACUGUCCCAGAGAUCUCUUUCUGACAGCGUCUUUCCCUCUCUCCCUCUCUCCUCUGGGCGACCAUCCCUAUCAAAAACUGACAGCUCAGCAUCAUCUGAGGACUUUGGGGUGACUAAAUCUGGUCAGGUGACCCGUGAUACUGUUGUGUGGGACAACAACGAUUCUGAUCCAAUCACUCAACCACCUACACAGAAUAACAUGCCUUCAGCACUUCCCCGUUACACUCCGGUACACGCCCAAACCCAAUCGCAGACCAAGACGAAGCACUUCAGCCAAUCAGAGCCAACUCAGGAGCUGCCCUCCCAGUCCCAGGAGCCCAUGCUGAAGAUCACUACCCCUUACAAACCGAGGAGGUCGUUCAUCCAGCACAAGACACCAAACGUCUCCAAAGGCCCUCCUGUGAGCCAGGCAGGCCCUUCAUCCACAGCCCAGACGAAAAUGUUCCCUGUUCCUCUGCCUAGAGGCUCUGAAAUAAAACCACCACCUUCACCAAAGCCCGAAACCGCCCAAGCUCCACUACCCACGUUACCUGAAGCAGGACCACAAAAGAAACCCCAAGGCAGAAGACCCAAAGUCCCUCCUCCACAACCACCCCAAGCACUGAACAAGCAGCUCUCCUUUCCAGCUCAGUGAGUCUUGGAAUAGAAAGUCGACUGCAUUUGUGCAGUAUCUUAUUGUUAAGCUUGUAAACAAAGUUUGGAGUCUGUAAGAUUCUUUUUGUUUUUCAAGUAGUCUCUUAUGCUCACUAAGGCAAGAUUUAUUCGAUUGAAAAUAUAGUAAAAACA